AUUCGCCCAAGACAAGUCUUGGACUCGUACGCCCGAGGUUUGUAUGCCUAUAUAUCUCUAUAUUAUAAUAGCUAGCAAGAAACCUUGCAAAAGUCAAUUUGGAAGAUUCGUAGAAAUGCAGGCAUUGCCUAUAUAUCACACACUAUAGAUAGAAACGUACACAUUUGAAAUUUCAAGUCUUCUAGGAACCACUCAGAAGGUACAAGGAACCCUUUCCCAGCAAGGCCUUGGCAGUCGGACUUCGUUUCUUGCCAAACAAUCCUACAAGUUCAAGGUAACAACGUUGAUUCAUUUCACACACUAGCACACGGAGAAGAUACAUGCAAGAUCUUGACUAUUUCCUCGACUCUUAAGGCUUUAAAUUAAGCUUCAAUCUUUGCUACAGAUCAUCAGGAAAGAAAUCUUGGAUCUGAAGUUCCCAGCCAUGUCAUGUGGAAGGCAUCGCUCACGCAAUUCAAUUUCACCACUACCAACAACACGCUCAACUAUAAGCUGGCGCUCAACAUAACCCUCAGGAACUACAACAAAAGGGUGGGUGUACACUACGACGGGAUUGAAGCCGUUGCUUAUUACAGAAAAAAGUGGUUCUCAACCGUAAGAUUGACACCAUUUUACCAGGGGCACAAGAACACGAGCAUUUUGAGUCCCAUUUUUGAAGGGCAGCAAGUACUAUCGCUUAGGGGUCGUGACCUUUCCAAGUUUGAACUUGAAAAGAGUGUCGGGGCUUAUAGUAUUGAUGUAAAGCUUUCCGUUCGGAUAAGGAUCAAAUACGGGAAGAUCAAGACUGCCAGAUUCAAGCCGCGUAAGAUUGAUUGUCCCUUGAAAGUAUAUCUGAGCACCUCUAAUGGAACAGCUGCUGAAGGUUUUAGGACAACCAAGUGUGGCAAUGUUCAUUUCUUCUCAGAUCCUGUUGCCAUCGAUUGAGACAACCCAGUUAACUCCAAUUGUUCAUCUCGAGAGAUAAAAAUAGAGUAUACUGGUUUUUCUUAUCAUGAUUUUGUUUUGG